AUGACAGCGAAUACAACAGUGCCACUGGCUGCAGAGCCAAAAACUGGCCCGAACGAGGUUGUCAAUGGCGGCCACGGACCCAAGACAGAACGCAGUGCAGCAGAUGUCGAACAACAGGUUCCUCCAACAGGCUCGCAAAAGUCGACUUUCAGCUCUCUCGGACUUCUGGAUCGAUAUCUGGCUGUCUGGAUCUUCUUGGCCAUGUUGACAGGUAUCCUGCUGGGCAACUUUGUGCCCAGCGUCGGGCCGGCGCUGCAAAAGGGCAAAUUCGUUGGUGUAUCUGUGCCCAUCGCCAUUGGGCUGCUCGUCAUGAUGUAUCCCAUAUUGUGCAAAGUCCAGUACGAGAAGCUGCACAUUAUCUUCCGCACCCGCGAGAUCUGGGUCCAGCUGGGUUUCAGCAUUGUCGUCAAUUGGAUUGUGGCGCCCUUCUUCAUGGAGGGGCUUCGAAACGGUCUCAUCCUCGUCGGCAUUGCCCGGUGUAUCGCCAUGGUUCUGAUCUGGACGAACUUGGCCGGCGGCGACAAUGACUACUGUGCAAUACUCGUCGCCGUGAACUCAUUCCUUCAGAUCGUUCUCUUCGCUCCUGUUGCCCUCCUAUUCCUCCGCGUCAUUGGUGGCAACAAUGAUCUCGUCGUUUCGUACUCGACCGUCGCCACAGCUGUGGGUGUGUUCCUUGGCAUUCCACUCGGUGCUGCCAUCGUCACACGCCUCGGGUUCCUCUUGACCGUCGGGGCCGACGUCUACUCCAAAAAGAUCAUUCCGUUCCUAGCGCCGUGGUCGCUCGUUGGGUUGCUCUAUACCAUUGUGGUUCUCUUUGGGUCACAGGGUGCUCAAGUCGUGCAUCAGAUCGUAUCAGUGGUGCGCGUGGGUGCUCCUCUGCUCGUGUACUUCACAGUCAUCUUCUUUGCAACGCUAUUCGUCACGCGGAGGCUGGGAUUUCGCUAUGGACUGGCGAGCACCCAGGCUUUCACAGCAGCAAGCAACAACUUUGAGCUGGCAAUUGCGAUUGCCGUGGCGUCAUUCGGAGCUGAUUCGGAUGAAGCGCUAGCCACAACUGUCGGGCCGCUAAUCGAGGUACCGGUCCUCAUUGCUUUGGUAUACUUGGUCAAGUGGUAUGCGAGGAAGACUGGCUGGAAGGACUAG